UACUUCUGGGAAUGGCGUGGGGUGUCCCCCUCCCUCAGGAAGGGAGGGCAGUGCUGACCCAGGGCAGGCUGGAGCCCUGGCCUCCCCGGGGACCUUUCUGAGGUCCGACUCUGCGCCGGGCCAGAGGCCAGCUGCUUUCCUGCGUGUUAGCCCCCUAAGGAAGAGGCUCAGAGAAGGGGCUUGACUUGGCCAAGAUCACAAAGCCAGGAAGGGCUCUUGAAGACCUGGGCCUUGUCCUUGUGGAGGACAGACAUGGCAUGCGUGGGAGGGAAGCAAAACCACGUGAUCAGCGCUCCAAUCAAUAUGUUUUCCGGCACAGAGGCAACCCAGAUACAGGGGUCCAGGGAGGGCUCCAGAGAGGGGGUGAUACUGUGGCAGGGCUUUGAUGGAUGAGUAGGAGUUUGGUGAGGUCUGUGUGAGGGUCAAGGAGGAUAAUUCCAAUCAAGUCAUUCAGUCAGUCCUUUGUUCGUGCACUCACUCCUUCAUUCAUUCAUGCACACUUACUGAGUCCUGGGAUGCCCAGUAAAUAGGGCAGGGCCCCCAAGGGCAUUGUUGUCCUCAGGUGGCCCUCACCACCCCUCACCCCUGGGGGAUGUAACCCCAGGGCUCUGUGGCUCUCUGGCUUCCCCAGGGCAGUGCUGGGGGCGUGGACGUUGAGGCUCUAGUGUCAGGAAAGGAGAAAGGAACAAGAUGUGGCACCUGGCCCUUUGCAGGGAGAGCCAGGCCGUCCUUCACAGAGCCCUGGGUGACCUGGGCUUUCCUACCUCAUGGCCUUCGUUGGGUCUGUGCCUCUCCUUCACACGCACCUGGCCGCUGAAAGGCAGACAGACCCGUCACAGGCUUCAGGACAAGAGCUGCCUGGUUUGGAGGCAGAGCGCAGCAAGUGUCGAAACAGAGGCGCUCCCAAAACGCGUCCCUGGCUUUCGGAACAAGGCAUGGCUGGGCCAAGACGCGGAAGGAGAAACUGCUAGCAGCUUGGCUGAGACUCAGUUUCCUUCUCUGCAUCAGCACGCUCAGGGUUGAUGAGACACGGUGUGGACAAGAAGUGUGGGUCUAUUCUCAGCGGGAGCUGGUCGGGGUUCAGGGCUGCCUCCUGCCGUGAGACAGGAUCAGGUUACUCUUCCUUCUCACCUGGUCCCUCUGAUUUCCUUCCAGGUGUCUGUGGUGUUGCUGUGGGCUACCCCCUGGACACGGUGAAGGUCAAGAUCCAGACAGAGCCCAAGUACAGGGGCAUCUGGCACUGCGUCUGGGACACAUACCGCCAAGAGCGGGUGCGGGGCUUCUACCGAGGCCUCUCGCUGCCCGUGUGCACCGUGUCCCUGGUCUCGUCCGUGUCUUUCGGGACCUACCGCCACUGCCUGGCGCACAUCUGCCGAUUUCGAUACGGCAGCCCCGAUGCCAAGCCUGCCAAGCCCGACAUCACGCUGUCAGGAUUUGCUUCUGGCCUGGUCCGCGUGUUCCUGACCUCGCCCACUGAGGUGGCCAAGGUCCGCCUGCAGACGCAGACGCAGACGCAGACGCAGACGCAGACGCAGACGCAGACGCAGCAGCGGCGCCCCUCGGCCUCAUGGCCCUCGGCCGCGCCCCCCAUGUGUCCGGCGCCCCCUGCCCGCUCGGCGCCCAGGCCCAAGUACCGAGGGCCACUGCACUGUCUGGCCACGGUGGCCCGUGAGGAGGGGCUGCGGGGCCUCUACAAGGGCAGCUCGGCCCUGCUCUUCCGGGACGGCCACUCCUUCGCCACCUACUUCCUGUCCUACACCAUCCUCUGCGAGCAGCUCACCCCCGCUGGCCACAGCCGGCCAGAUGUCUUGGGUGUGCUGGUGGCUGGGGGCUGUGCCGGGGUCCUGGCCUGGGCCGUGGCCACCCCCAUGGACGUGAUCAAGUCACGCCUGCAGGCGGACGGGCAGGGCCAGCGACGCUACCGGGGCCUUCUGCACUGCGUGGUGACCAGCGUGCGGGAGGAGGGGCCGCGGGUCCUCUUCAAGGGGCUGACGCUCAACUGCUGCCGCGCCUUCCCUGUCAACAUGGUGGUCUUUGUUGCCUACGAAGCCGUGCUGGGGCUCAUCCGGGGCCUGUCCACGUAGCCAGUCCCAACGCCCCAGGGGCCGGCCCGCCGGCAGCUUCCCGAGGUCCUCGUGGCUGCAGGGGGCGCAGGAGAGCGUCGGGGUCUGGGCCCCACGGAGCCGCCGCCCAGGACCGCCUGAGCCUCCCCGAAGCCCGAGUCAGCCGUGCUCGGGGCUUUGCCUGCCCGGCUACGGACCACAAGGAGGUUGAGGGGCCCGUCUGCCAUCAGCCUGGGGGUGGCCUGAGGGUCACACGAGCCAGGGAGGAGUGGGCCUCUUGGACGAGGACAUCCGUCACACGGAGUCAUUUGAGCAGGUCGUUGGAGUUCCAGCUUCCCUGUCACCCCUCCCUGCCGCCCGCCCGCAUCUUCAGAGCACCCCUGUGCCUCCAUUCAGUCCCUCGGCCGCCCUCCCCGCCAGGUCCCCCCGCCCCCCGCUCAGCUCUCCUCGGCUGCUUAGUGAGCUCCUGGGCACCGGCCGGCUCGCUCCCCUGCACCAGGCUGCUCAGAGAGGGCACUGACCCGAUGGCCACGGCCAGCGUGCUGCCAGACCUGCUCACGCCCUUGCCCUGCUGGGAGAUCCCCGAGACUCAGCGGGGAGCUGUUGACAAUAAAACGUCUUUGAGCAUG